ACGCACGCGUAGCGCCAGAGAGCAAAGAAUCCAUUCGCCGCAAUGGUCAUCGUGGGCGCCGCCGUGGCGGUGGCCGCCUGCGCGACAGUCGCGGCGGCGGUUCUUGCCCGGACAUCGUCGUCGUCUUCGUACGACGACGGGAGAAACGGCGCCACGGUGGCGGUGGAGACGUCGUCGCCGACGACAUCGCAGGAGUGCGCGGUGUGCCUGUCGGUGCUGGAGGCUGGAGCGGAGAGCUCGGACUGCGUGCUGUCGGAGUCGGCGGCGGUGAGGACGCUACCGGCGUGCGGGCACGGGUUCCACGCGGAGUGCAUCGGCAGGUGGCUGCCGCUGCGCCCCGAGUGCCCGCUCUGCCGCCGCCCGGUGCAGCUCGCCGACGGCCAGACGGCCGCGAGGGCCGUAGCGUCAUCGGCGACGGCGGCGCCUGCGUGGGCGCGGCCGGCGAGGAUAGCGUGCGGCUUCGGCGACGGGAGGGUGGUGUGGACGCGCAGCCCGUCCGUGCAACAGUAAUUGAAUGAUGAUGCUAUAACUUGCUUAUGGUUUGGACUUUGAAUUUGUUUUUUUAUUAUUGUGCAUGAGGAUUAGUGUAGCCUGAUUAUGAUUGUCAGGGGGAAAAACACCUCAAAAUUAGUGGUUGAAAUGGGAUAGUUACUUGUAGAAACCUAGGCGCAGGGCAGGAACGUACUGGCCAGUCGGUGGGGGUUUUUUUUCUGUCUGUCUGUCUGUCUGUUACAAAUACUUGUGAAAGUGCAUUACUAAUUUCUUA